AAAUUAAAGGUUCACAGAGAGGUGCAACACAACUACCUUUGACCCUCUCUCUCUCUCUCGUUAUAAUCGCUUGAACUGUAAAUUGAUCCGGAUUCUUCUGCUUGUCUAUUUCGUACUCUCUUUUUGCCUGGCGAUCAAUACGAGCACAAAUAUAUACAGCCUUUUGUCCUAAAACAUAGAAGAAAUUGAACCACCUUGUUAUUUUGGUUGCAUUGUAAUUGGGACAUGGAAUGUUUCUGUUUAAUGAAACAUGGACAAGGAUAACAAACACCACGGCUCGAGAACAAUAAGGUUGCCCCGAUGGUUUUCGAGGAAGCACAAGGGAGCAGAUCCAUUUCAAUUGAGUGUGAUAUCAGAUGGUGGCGAAGAGAAUGAUGAUUACAUGGAUGGCGUCGCUGAUGGAUCGUCCGAGAUGGAUCCAUGCAUUUCGACCAAUGAAUUGAGAGUUUUUAUUGGAACAUGGAAUGUGGCCGGAAGGUCCCCUGUGGGAAGUUUGGCUGUAGAUUUGGAUGAAUGGUUGAAUCUCAAAGAUGCAGCAGAUAUUUACGUUCUUGGAUUUCAAGAAAUUGUACCUUUAAAGGCGAAAACUGUAAUUGGAGCAGAAGAUCCAAGAGAAGCUACCAACUGGAACCUACUGAUUGGAAAAACUCUUAAUAAUAAAUAUGGAUGUCCUUGGUUAACGCCAUUGAUGAAUCCAAUCACUGCCGAGAAUAAUCGUAACGAUGGAAUUCCUAACUCUGAAAGACAACCUAGUAUUAGUGGUCGGACCACAACUCCAAUGCGUGGGCAGCAAAGUAAGUACAAAUUAAUGGCUAGCAAGAAGAUGGUGGGUGUCUUUAUAAGUGUAUGGAUGAGAGGGGAAUUGAUCGAAAAAUACAACAUAGCAGGAGUGAAAGUUUGUUCAGUGGCUUGCGGUAUCAUGGGAUAUUUGGGUAACAAAGGAUCAGUUUCCAUCAGCAUGUCAAUUGAUGGAACAAGUUUUUGCUUCAUAGCAGCUCAUCUAGCUUCUGGAGAGAAGAAAGGCGACGAAGGGAGAAGGAAUCACCAGGUGUCUGAGAUUUUUAGGCGCACAUAUUUUCCACGUCUACCUGAAGACGGAGAUAAUCUUCUUCCACUUACCAUCUUAGGGCACGAUCGAAUAUUCUGGUUCGGAGAUCUCAACUACAGACUAUAUUUAGAAGAUAACAUGGCAAGGCAUUUCAUAAGACAACAAGAUUGGAUAGCAUUGCAGAAGUUUGAUCAAUUGCAGAGGGAACUAGACGAUGGUGGUGUAUUUCAGGGUUGGAAAGAGGGAAACAUAGAGUUCGCACCAACAUACAAAUAUUCUUCCUCAAACUGCAAUAGAUACUCAGGAGCAAUUCCAAGUAGAGCAGGAGAGAAGCAAAGAACUCCUGCAUGGUGUGACAGGAUUCUGUGGUAUGGUAAAGGAGUCAGGCAACUUUCCUAUUUCCGCAGUGAAAGUAAGUUCUCUGAUCAUCGGCCUGUCUCAGCCCUUUUCUGUACACGAAUUGAAGUAGUCAAAUCUGGCAAUCCAAGGUUUCCUACAAUUCCCACUACCUUCCUCCCAAGAACUCCUAGCAAAAAUCAUGGGCAGGAGAGGGCUACCGGAGAGGUCCCAUCAACAUUGCUAUCACUGAUUGUCAGGGAUGUGGAAGUUUCACCAACAUAUAUGCAAGCUUGUAUAUCAAGUAGAUGAUAAAAGGGUAGCAACUUCAUUUGAUUGAUUGCAUUGAUAUGAAAGAGAUAUAUGUAUAAAUAUACCUCCGCCUCCAUUGGCAAGAAAUGUUAGUGGAAACAUUACAAUGGAAGGACACUCCCUUAUGUGUGAUGAAAGCAAUUACUAGUGGAGUUUUUGUCAAGUGUCAACCAUCAAAUAGAAUAGAAAGUUUAUGUAA